AUGUUGGCAGGCUGCGAAUUGCUGGGCCCUUACUGCAACUGGAUGGAUGCCUUGCACAAGCCGGCCAGUGCCAAGAGCAUUUCUGAAGUCUUGAAAGGUGCCACGGAAUGCACAGAUAUCCUUCAGACAUUUCUGGCAAUGAGAGGCCGCGAGGGAGUGACAGGGACGAAGUUUGUCGAAAUUAGUCAUGCAGAGUAUUUGGACACCUACGACAAGUCUGGCGCCUUCAAGGACCAGCCGCUCUUGGAAGCCUAUCCAGAAAAGGCCAAGGAGAAAGUGUUCUUGUUGCCAGAGUUUUGCUGCCCUUUGGGUGUGACAGACGAGAUGCACCAGGAGAAGAGUCCCCUGAGUGAGCUUUUGACGCAGAUCAAAGUCUCCCCACAGGGCAGUCACAAAAGGGUUGUGAGUCACGGCCAGGACAUGGAGAACGAAUUGCCUGACACGCUCGAUUGGGUGGGCUUCAACGAAAAGGAGAUCCAUGCUACUGAGGAAGGACAGUUCUUCCAGACGACAUCACUGGCCGACGUGGUGCUCUUUAUCCUGUCGAUAUUGGAGAUUUGGUUGCGGUCUCUGCGAGAUGUUGCGAGGGUUGCAUCCGGCUGCUGGCUGGAGGAGCCAACGAAGGUUUGCUGCAGUGGCCAGCACGGGGAACUGCAGUCAAAGAUCAUCGAGUACAUUAUCGGGGGCACCCAGUUGAUGAGGCUGCUGCUCCCGAACCAGGACGUGAGGAAGGUGUACCAUUCCUUCAAGUACGUGGCAUGCGAGCGUAUCCCUGUCCAGCGGAUCAACGCGAAGUUUUGUGGGGCCGUGUGGCAAAUCAUCCCUAAGGAUUCAGAGGACACCUUUACGGAUUUCAGGAAGCGACGUGGCAAGGUGUUCUCUCAGUCAUACUCCAUGGCAGCGGAGUUGGAGAAGGGAUCCGUGCAGCGGUGGAGAACCAGCUUGUCAGUAGAACUGCAGCGCCUCUUUCGUGAUGCGCUCAAUGCUUUUGUGGACUGCAAUGAUGGCAUCCUGCCGGAAACCAUUGUUGUGUACCGUGCAUCGGUGAACCGGAGGAAUGGUGCAUCGUGCGGUUGUGAAGCCUUGCUUGCCGUCGUGCGUCGACUGGAGGGCGAGGCUGCCAAGUUCCAGAAAGGUACUGUUGUGGAUGAUCCUGGUCCCACUCCCGAGUUCGUCUUGCUCAACUUGGUCCCGGUGAACAAAUCCGGAGCGGCAAAGGCAGUUCUUCGAGACGGCGACGACCACCAGAACAGUCAAGAGUGCAUUCGCAAGCUCUUCGAGCAGCCG